AUGGGUCUGGGAAUUCUGGAAGUCCGAGCGACUCGCCAUGUGCCAGGUACUGCGACUCUAGAAGACCUCGGUGGACGAACGACGAGCACUACGACCCUCUACAAUGUCAAGCGUAGCAAAGAAGGCAUCAUUCUCGUGCCACAACCCAGCGACGACCCUCAAGACCCCUUGAAUUGGCCUCUAUGGCAGAGAGACUUGAUAACAUGCAUUCUGAGUGGUGUCGCCGUCCUUGGGGCAGCCUUGACAUCCAUCAUGGCCGCCAAUAACAUCACCUACUUUUUGUGGUUUAAGGGCAUUAGCUUUACAGACAUGUCAAUGCUGACGGGCUGGCAUCUACUCGGCAUUGGAGUGGGGGGUCCAGUCUUCGUUGCCAGCGCUCGUGUCUGGGGCAAACGUCGUCUCUACCUCCUGGGGACUCUGAUCAUCAUCCUGAGCUCGGUCUGGGCCGGCUGCAGUGGGCAUAGCUAUGAGUCGAUUGUCGCCGCGCGAUUCUUUCAGGGCCUUGGACUGGCUCCCUUCGAAGCAUUGAUCAACGCCACCGUCGGAGAUCUCUACUUCGUCCACGAAAGCGGCAAGCGCAUGGCCCUCACUAACAUGAGCCUUUUUGGCUCGUCCUUCUUCGCCCCUAUUAUUGUUGGCCGCAUGACGCUUGCGAUAGGAUGGCAAUGGUCGUUCUGGCUUGUGGCUAUCUUCACGGCUGUCCUCCUCCCUGCUGUGGUCUUGUUUUGCCCUGAGACCGCCUACGUCCGUGAUGACGAUCCCGACCUCACGCCUACGGACUGUUCAUCCGGCAGCGUUGACAUGUCUCCAGAUUCUGAGAAGAAGAACGACGCCCACUUCGCAGAACACAUCGUCGCUCACAGCUCCCAUCGCGACAGCAGGGUAACCUUCUUGUCUCGAGAAUCACUGAUGCCAUUCAACGGACGUAAGACAGAUGAGGCCUUCUGGAAACUGUUCCUCCGUCCCUUCCCAAUGUUUCUGCACCCGACCGUGCUCUGGGCCUGCUUAAUCCAAGGGACUGUCAUCGCCUGGACCGUACUCGUUGGCGUUAUGAUGGCGUUUGUGGCGAUCCAGUGGAGUUUCAACGAAGCCGACACAGGAUACCUGUACACGGGAGGCUUCAUCGGCGCGCUGCUGGGAAUGAUCUUCUCGGGCCUUUUGAGCGACUCGAGUGCAAAGUGGUUGACAAAGCUCAAUGGGGGAAUUUACGAGCCCGAGUUCCGUAUGCUUCUCGUCCUGCCGCUCUUGAUCUUCGGCGCGGGCGGUCUGUACGGCUUCGGUAUUACAGCCUCGGACAAGUCCUAUGGAUAUAUCCUGGUCGACGUCUUCUUCGGAUGGCUGUGCGGCGGCAUGGUCUUCGGCACGGUCGCCACAGCUCUAUACAUUGUCGAUGCCCUUCGCGAGUACACUGUGGAGGCUUUCACUUGCCUGCUGUUGUUCAAGAACGUCUUUGCCUUCGGGGUCUGCUACAGCGGAUACACGUGGCUCCAGGAGUCGAGUGUCAGAGAUCUGUUUAUCGCGGUGGCGAGUGUAGAGGUUGGCAUUUGUGCGUUGACGAUUCCUAUGUAUGUGUUCGGAAAGAAAAGUCGGCACUUCUUCGCACGUUACGAUAUGCUUGCUCUCUGCAAGCUGAAAUGA